AUGGCCGAGCCAGAGGACAUACACGCCCGCAAGCCCUCCGGUAUAAACAUAUUCGGCAUCUCUGGCAGCGGUUAUCAUCAUCUAAUGCCCCACGAAAUGGCUGAUCUUCACAACCAGCCCUCGCCGGAAGCAAAAAGGGGCAGUCCUCCCGAGACACCGCAUUCCUUUCAUAACCUGCUCGGCAGCCACCCAGCGGGGAGUUCUUCUUCUAGUCCCAGAGUCGCUGAUUCUCAAGGCACACCUGAGCCGUACUCUGAGAUUUGGGCCCCGUCUAUGCCGCGCGGUGGUGAUGAGAAGAAGAGCGAUAUGCCUAAGACCACGGAGCGAGAAGUCAAGAUUAGUGAGGGAGGAAAGCUUCCUAAGAUUGUGGAACCGAGGGGGGAUGCGAUGGAUGAUGAGUUUGACGAUGAGAUUUUUUAUAAAAAGUUUGUCUACUCAACAGUCGGCAGCGGAAUCUGGCUCGUCACAGCCAUCCUCCAACCCCGAUGGGGCCACAAAAUCGCCUCUGGCGCAUCCCUCUCACCAUCAACAGCAACGACCCUUGCAGCACUACUAGCAAAGACCAUCGAAAUGUCCUUCGUCACGGUCUUUGUCUCAUGUCUAGGCCAAGUCCUCACCCGCAGAGCGUUUAUUCGAAAAGCGCAUGGCAUGUCACUUGCUGAGAUGACGAUGAGGAACUGGGUCAUUCAGCCUGGAUCUCUCAUCACUCACUUUGAAACACUGCCUUCGUCGUCAUUGACGCUUCUGGGGAUGUUGUCGCUUACUGCUACGAUUGCAGCUGCGUUCUACACUACUGCCUCUGACGCGAUGGUCUCACCGAAGUUGAAGUCUGGGAGUUGGGAGCAUAAGGAGCUUAUUGGAUAUGUGCGUGCGUCGUAUGCUAAUGCAGCUUAUGUGCGUGAGGACUGUCCGUAUCUUUUCAACAUUACAGAAGAUAUUCACGCCGCCGAGUCGUGCAUGAAUGUUCAGUUCUCAGGACAAUCUUACAGGAAUUUACUGAACUACAUGAACAUGUGGACGAAUCUCAACCAAAACGGAACCGAAAUCUCAUCGGAUUUGAAGAAACGGCCUGGUGGAACGACGCUACUCCACGAUAACACUACGCUGUACUCCUCCUGGAUCGAGACUGAGCACGGCGAUGUUGAAGCGCAUUUUGAAGAAACGGGGCGUAUUAUCAACAAUGUCACUCUUGCCCUUCCUCAUCCAGGCGUCUACGGUGCUUCUAAACUCAAAGUCAACGGAAUUCUUCAACCUGAUGAUCUCGCUGGAGUGGGAGAGUACACUGUUCGAGCUGGCGUUGUCUCACCAUCUGUCAAUGUUCUAUGUGUCGAUAUGGAUAAGGAGGAACUUGCGCCCCUUGUUUACACGACGUGGCCUAACGCCAAGGUCAACAACACUGAUAUCCCUGGCCAAAAGACAGGAUGGUCUGGUUGGACGGGCGAAGUUCCUCAGCCGCUUGAUGGCAAGAACAAGGAUUAUUAUCUCAACCGGACUGAUGUGGAUGAUAUCUUCAGAUGGGGACCUAAAUACGAGCGUCGACCUCCUGUCUUCCAAAUGUACCCCUUUGACUUUAACCUUCUCACCAACGCAACAGUCUAUGCAGCCGACGCCAUCUACACCCUCGGCAAAUCACCCGAGAGCAAAAACUACACGGUCUGCCAACUUCGAUCAUGGGUAUCUCCCAACUGUUCUACCGAGUUCAACAUCUCCGGUAUCGCCGGUGCCAGCAUGAAAGCUCAUUGUGAAGACGACGGCGACGAGAACGCUUAUCGGCGAUCAUUCCCUUCAGAUCAAGGCUGGUCUGCUCCCUCUCUGGACUGGAAGUGGCUCGCUGAUCAAUGGCGUUUGUCUAUGGAUCUUAAUGGUGGCUCUGUUAACAACAAUGCUUCCAACGCUCGAAUCCUUACUCAACUUUCCCUUCACGAACCAAAAAUGCCAGCUUCUUAUCCUUCACUUGCUGAAGCUCUCGCCGUGUAUUCCAGCUCUCUCAUCAUGAUCAGCGCCAUCGACACGCCUUUCCGUCACUAUUGGGACCAGGACCCAGACGCGUACCCCGAAAACCUCAUCCCAGCACCUGGUUUCCCCCAACUCUUCAACGCAUCCCUCAUCACACAAGAAUACACAUCUGGACACACCCAAUCAUGGCAGAAUAUCUUUUACGUCGUUCUCGUUCUCGUCUUCGCCAUCAAUUUAUUCUGUCUUGGAUACUUCAUCAUGCGCUCCGGCCUAGUGACAGACUUCACCGAACCGCAGAACUUAUUCUCCCUGGCGAUCAACAGUCCACCAAGUAAUUCGUUCCAUGGUAGUUGUGGUGGAGGUCCUGAGAAGAGACAUCUUGUUGUUCCGUGGAAGGUUGCAUAUGCGCCGAGUGCGAACCAUUAUUUCUUCCAGGACAAUUCGCCUGGAAAGGAUACGUCUGAGGGGUUGAGUACGGCGAGGGAGUAUGGAGAACCGAGAGACUUGGCUGUAGACAGAUCUGCAUAUAUCAUUGUUAUAUAA